GAUGUAAUAGGGCUGUGAUGUGAAAUUUGAGAUAAACGAAGUAGUUUGGGCUAAAGUCUUAGGCUGUAAGUAGUUUUUUAAGCUUUAGAUCCAUGGUGGCCAGCAUAAGUAAAUUAUAGAAUAAUCAUAAAUAGAUCUCCUCAAUUACAAAUGGAAAGACAGGUUCAAAUUAAUUAUGUAGAGUGAAUUUUUUAGCAGAUGGAACACAGUAUUUGUUUUAAUUAAAGUAUAGCGCUGAUUUACGUCUUGAAAAAGUAAAAAAAUGGAAUGAUAGGCCAAUAUAAACAGAAACAAAGAAAUUAAAAGAAGCAAUAGAAUUGGCUAAUCAAAUUCUGACUGGACAAUAUAAAAAUAUAUUGCCUAGCUUUGAAAAUUUGAAUGAGCAUAUACUUAAGAGUCUAGUAAUAAAAUUAAAUGAUUUAAUGAGAAAAGACAAUUAAAUAGAGGAUGUAAUUGUUACUAUAUUAAAUUAGAUUGUGCAAUCAUUGAAUGAAAUAUCAACUAAUGAAUUAUUGUCAAUUGUUAAAAUGAAUUUAGGUUAAUAGUUAUUUCAAUUACAUCAAAUUUAUUAGAAUAGAAAAUAGAAGGAAUUCUAAAAUCUACUCCAUUCCUUUCUAGAUCAAUUAGUUAACAUAAUUGGCUAUAAGGAAUAGGUAGAACAAACAACCAGUAAUAAAAAGAAAUUUAAAUAAUCCAUUUCAAAUGAGGAACCUCUUGAAGAGAUUACUAAAUGUGUAAUCAUUUAAGAUGGACCUGAUGUCAAAAGAAAAAAAGUAGAAGAGAAUCUUUAGAAUACUUCCCUUAAUUAAUGAU